UGCUGUUCUCUGAUUGGCUGUCUACUCACAACACAGUUCCGCAAAUACAGUGCAUGUUUAGGUUUUGUACUGGCAGCUCUUCCAGCGGACAACAGUCCAAACCGAGAACCGCUUCAUUUUCUAAAGAAUAAAGAAAAGAAGCCACAGAGAUGGCAUCGGACUCUCCACGCAGACCGAGUCGCUGUGCUGGAGGAGUUUUGGUGCGAGCACAAGCUGCAACGGAACAGUCGUACAUGGAAAGUGUUGUGACCUUUUUACAGGAUGUUGUCCCACAGGCCUAUACUGGUGCUGUACCCUCUGAUGAGAAAGAGAAAAUCAUUUGGAUUCGGUUUGAGAAAGCUGACAUCAAUGACACUGCUCGAAACCCGGAGUUCAUAGAGAUGCAUGGUGGCACCUCAGACCCCCCCCUUUGCCUCAUGAUUGGUUAUUCGGACGGGAUGCAGAUCUGGAGCCUAUCUUUGGCAGGGGAAGCCCAGGAGCUGUUCUCGGUCCGUCAUGGACCUGUGCGAGCUGCUCGCAUUCUUCCAGCCCCUCAUAUCAGUUCUCUAAAAACAGAUAGCUUUGCUGAGAAGAGACCUUUGUUGGGAGUGUGCAAGAGCACGGGGUCCUCUGGGACAAGUCCUCCCUACUGUUGUGCUGACCUGUACUCUCUACGGACAGGAGAAAUGGUUAAAUCCAUCCAGUUCAAGACACCAAUAUAUGAUCUCCACUGCAACAAGCAUAUUCUUGUGGUGAGCCUGCAAGAAAAAAUUGCAGCUUUUGACAGUUGCACUUUCACCAAGAAGUUCUUUGUUACAAGCUGCUACCCUUGUCCUGGACCUUGUCUCAAUCCAGUAGCUCUGGGAAGCCGUUGGCUCGCCUACGCUGAAAACAAGUUGAUAAGAUGUCAUCAGUCUCGUGGAGGAGCCUGUGGUGACAAUGCACAGUCAUAUACUGCUACAGUGAUCAAUGCUGCCAAAACUUUGAAAACCGGCCUAACAAUGGUGGGUAAAGUUGUGACACAGCUGGCAGGCACCAUACCGCCAGGCACGCCCGAUGAGGAGAUGACCCCUCACAGCUCGAGCCGCCGCGGCCCCCACAACCCUGGUGUGGUCACCAUCAUUGACACAGAAAGUGUUGGAGAAGGACAGGUCUUGGUGAGCGAGGAUUCAGAUGGAGAGGGCGUCGUGGCUCACUUUCCAGCACAUGAAAAACCCAUAUCCUGCAUGGAAUUUAAUCCGAGUGGAAUGCUGCUGGUGACUGCCGACACACUGGGCCAUGAUUUCCACGUUUUUCAGAUCCUCACCCACCCCUGGGCUUCCUCCCAAACUGCUGUGCACCAUCUGUACACGCUGCAUCGUGGGGAGACAGAGGCCAAGGUCCAAGACAUGUGCUUCAGCCAAGACAGCCGCUGGGUAGCCAUAAGCACUCUCCGCGGCACUACGCAUGUUUUUCCCAUCAACCCUUAUGGUGGCGCACCUUGUGCCCGCACCCAUAUGUCCCCAAGAGUGGUGAACCGAAUGUCCCGUUUCCAAAAAAGCGCUGGCCUGGAAGACAUCGAACAAGACAUGAACAGGGCUACUGCAAUGGGAGGAGGAGCAGUUGGCACAGGAGGAAGUAGCUGCAUCCUAGGGCCAGGGGGAGGCAUUGGAGGCCGCUGUAGCCCCAUACCCGGUUUGUCCAGCAGCCCAUCAGGAUCUCCCUUGCAUGCUAAACUGAGUAACCAGGAUUCCUACAACAACUUCACCAACAACAACAUGGGGAACCCUCGGCUCAGCCAGCUGCCCAGCCUCACGGUGGUGCUGCCGCUGGCUCAGAUCAAACAGCCCAUGACCCUCGGCACCAUCACCAAACGCACCGGACCUUACCUCUUUGGGGCGGGAUGUUUUGCCUUUAAAACUCCAUGCAAAGCUAAGCCACCGCCUCAGAUCUCCCCAAGCAAGUCCAGUGGAGGAGAAUUCUGCGUGGCUGCCUUAUUUGCCUCAUCUCGCUCCUGGUUCAUCACCAAUGCCAACAUCAAAAGAGAGAAAGAUCAGACUCGACAGUUGGUCGUCGAUUCACUUUACAUUGUAAGUUGCUACGGCAAUUUGGUGGAACAUGUCCUUGAGCCGCGGCCAAUCAGCACCGCUCCAAAGAUUAGUGACGAUACACCUAUGGAGCUUAGCACCUCUCCAAGGGCCUGCUGGACUCUUGCCAGGACUCCACAGUGGAAUGAGCUGCAGCCCCCCUUUAGCACCAGCCACCCACUCGUGCUGGCCUCAGACCUUGUCCAGUAUUAUCAAUGUCUUCUUGCUGCAAUGCCACCAGGGAGCCCAGGCCCCAUCAUGCGGCACGAGUCAUCAGACAGCCUUGCAUCAGACCAUGGUACACAAGAAGAUGAAGAGUGGCUCUCUCAGGUGGAGAUUGUGACCCACACAGGACCCCACCGCCGCCUCUGGAUGGGCCCUCAGUUCCAGUUUAAGACCAUUCAUCCUUCAGGUCAGACAACAGUCAUCUCCUCCUCUUCGUCGGUGCUUCAGUCCCAGGGCCCCAGUGAUGUCCAGCAGCCCCUUCUGGACUUUGACACAGAUGACUUGGAUCUGCACAGUCUGCGGAUCCAGCCAGUGCGUUCAGAACCUGUCAGCAUGCCCAUCUCUUCACGGUUGAUCACUGAUCGCAGAGGACAGUCAAAUAUUUUGGACAGCGGAUCAGGAACCUUUGAUGGACGGGGUGUCACCCUGCUGGAGGUCUGUGGGAGCUGGCCGGAGAGCUUCAGCGUCCCACGACACAUUAUCGGAUCAGCAGACGCCAGUGAUGAAGGCCUGCGGGAGAGAUUGGCGGAUGCCAUGUCUGAGUCUCCCUCCCGGGACAUCGUUGGCUCUGCUACAGAGCUGCAGAGGGAGGGAAGCAUUGAGACCCUGAGCAACAGCUCGGGCUCCACCAGCGGCAGCAUCCCACGCAACUUUGAAGGAUACCGCUCCCCGUUGCCCACCAAUGAGAGCCAGCCUCUGAGCCUCUUCCCUACCAACUUCCCCUAGAGUUCCACUCCCUGCCUGACCCCGCCCCCCUCCUCCUUCCAGCCGGUUUUACCCCAGACACGCCCACUGGUCUACCUGAAGUUAAUUCUUUGUGUUUCUGUUCAACUGGCCCAUGUGUGGCUGCUUGUAAACUCAGUGGACGUCCAGCUACAUGAGGUUUUCCUCUUCUGAAGUUUGAAUACAGAGAUUUUUGAAAUGUUGAAAGACUUCUUCAAGAUUUGUCCAGUUUUAAUCCCACAAUCAUUCCCAAAAUAAAAGAUAAUUGUUUACCCCUUAAAUGUCCCUAAAACGGGUAGCAGGGAUCAGAUACUCUGCAGGUUAAAGACAAAACAGUGUGCACUCACAGAGAUAGAAACCUAUAAAACCGUCUUUAUAGCAAAUCUUAAACUCAUAAUGAUGCAGAGAAAUAUUAUCUGUUUAUUUUUUGAAGCAAAAUGUAAAAAAUCAAUAAAAGCACAGGGUUUAAGAGUUCAAGCAGCUGAAUUCAGCUCAUGCUGGAAAGCCCUAACCGUCACAUGACCCAUGCAGAGCUCUGUGUGCACAUGAGCAGCAGGAAGACACAAGUGUUAGACGUUUUUAGUGCAGGUUCCUCUAAAAGCUUCACAAUCCAGCAGGCAACAGGCAAUCUGAGUGUCUUCCAGAGUUGUUGAAACAGCCGCAAAGCUCAAACACUCACAAUAAUGAUCCACGUUGCUUCUUGUGAAACUGUUUUGUGAUUUGGAAACUUUUUUCGUCUCCACUUUAUUGGUGUGGGGCUUAAAGGACUUUCAAAGUGUUUGUGCACAUAUUCUCCAUCAGGAUCCAUUAAUAAUAAUUCCACAUUUCUUAGAAUGAUUUUUAAAACUGCUUUGUACAAAUUUAAAAACAAGAGCCUCCUGUUUGUGACGUCCCUGGCUCCCCCCUCACUCACUCCUUACCUUGGUUUGAAGAUGCAGCUCCGCAGGAAGGAGGUUCCCCAAACUCAUCAGCAUCGGCACAUUUGUGGGGGAGGAAUAGCCGCCGUUUGUGUUCCAGAGAGAGUUGUGCAGCAGCUCCCCGUCUCCUCAGUGUGCGCUUGCAUGUGAUGCUGCCCUCAUGGUUCUUACUUAAUGUUUUUUGAUUGAAUUAGCUUCUUUCAUGCCCUUGAUUUUAUGGAAUUACAUUUGACAAAAGAAGCCGUAAUUAUGUGACGCUAUGAUUGCUUUGGAGGAGUAAUUUUGAUGUUUACAGAAUAAUUGAGAUGUGUCUUUUCCCAAUCAUUCUGAUGUAUCGCCCACUAAGUCUUUCUGCAAACGAAAUUUUAAUUCUGCAGGUUCGGAGGCCUCUUUCUCUGGAUUUUGUACAGAAACAAAUUUUGACCAAAAUAUAAAUUCUGCCUUUUGUGCUGUAUUUAGUUGUAGCAAAAAUAUUGAGUGAUAAUCUGAAAUGUGGCAGCCUCUCUGCUGCAGAAUGAAAGGGGAGUUCACAGACUGACUGUCGUUCUCAAAGUGGACUUCCAGCAUGUGGAGGUUUCCUCACCUGUGGACAGACCCUGAAUCUUCUAACUCACAGAAAAGGCUUGUUGUUGAUGUUACUGUUUCCAGCUAUCAUGCAAUAAAAACUAAUUAAAAGUUAAAAGAAUAA